AUCAGUUUCGUUUUUUCUCUGGACAGCAAUAUGUUACGUUUCGUAGUUUUGUUAUUUGCCUUGGUGAGCACCUCCCUGGCUGGCGUCUCCCGCAAUGAUUUCUAUGGACGCAUUGUAAAUGGCGUUGCCACCACCAUUGAGGAACAUCCCUAUCAGGUCUCCCUGCAAGGUCUCUCCGGCAGUCAUUUCUGUGGCGGUUCCAUCAUCAGCGAAGAUAUCGUUGUAACUGCUGCCCAUUGCAUGCAAUCGCACUCCGCCUCUCAAUUCAAGGUUCGUCUCGGCUCCACUGAAUACAACACUGGUGGUGAAUUGGUAGAGGUCAAGGCUUUCAAGUUCCAUGAAAACUAUAACUCCGGCACCAUGAAGAAUGAUGUGGCUGUCAUCAAAUUGGCUCGUCCCGUCAAGGAAUCCGCUACGAUCCGUUUUGUUAAAUUGGCUGAUAAAACACCUGCCACUGGCACUCCUGCUGUGGUCACCGGCUGGGGCACCACCUGCUUCAUGGCUUGCAAUACUUUGCCCAAGACCUUGCAAAAAGUUGUAGUUGAUAUUGUCGAUGAGAAGACUUGCUCUUCCAGCGAAUACAAAUAUGGCUCUAAAAUCAAGCCCACCAUGGUGUGUGCCUAUGCCGAAGACAAGGAUGCCUGCCAAGGCGAUUCUGGUGGCCCAUUGGUUGCUGGAGGCAAAUUGGUCGGUGUUGUUUCCUGGGGUAAGGGCUGCGCUCUUCCCGGCUAUCCCGGUGUUUAUGCCGAUGUUCCUUCUCUCCGCACAUGGAUUGAAAAGACCGCCAAGGAAUUGUAAACAUUUGUUGCGAAGAAAAAAAUAAAUGUGAUUAUUUGAUUAUUUUGAA